UUGUAGUACAGCACACUUGAGCUUUGCAUUGCACUAGUACAAUGAAAGUUGGUGAAGUGUUUGUUAAAUGAGAUGCCAUGUACCUUUUUUUCUUUCUUUUUUUUCCUUUUUUAGCACCGGCAUAAAUAUUGCACCGUUUUGCGAAUCUCUGUUUGUGCAGUCUCUCUUAUAAGGUUGAUUCUGACAAGAUUAUCAAACCCUCACAAAGGUUUGGGAGAUUCUAAUCUGCCCCCAUUUUGAGUUUACUCAUCACAAACACGCACACCAAAACUUGUUUGGUGAUCCUGUACAGCGUUCGGAGGUUUUGGAAUCGGGGAAGGUGAUGCAUGUCCAUUUUGUCUUUUCGGAUCAUUGGAGGAUUGUGUUCUUGCGACGACACUGCUUUCAAUUUGCAUCAUCCUGUCAUUGAACUCCAUUCUUUUCUCAUCCAAAAGGAAAAUUUGAGAUUGGUUCAAUGAACACCUCAAACCACGAAGAACUAGAAGAGAUUCAGAACUGUGACAAUGAUGAUAUCGAAAAUGCUGAACUAGAAGAGCCAGAGGGCCAAAGUAGCAUGGCAUCAUGGAAAAGUCAGAUCACAAUUCGAGGACUAAUAACUAGCUUCUUCAUUGGUAUCAUUUAUAGUGUGAUUGUGAUGAAGCUGAAUCUCUCAACCGGACUUGUUCCAAAUCUGAACGUUUCAGCAGCACUCCUUGGUUUUGUGCUUGUUCGAAUUUGGACUAUGCUGCUUGAAAAAGCUAAUGUUGUUACAACACCUUUCACUAGACAGGAGAAUACCAUAAUUCAAACUUGUGCUGUUGCAUGCUACAGCACUUCUUUUGGAGGUGGUUUUGGGUCCCACCUCUUGGGUUUGAAUAGGAAAACGUAUGAGCAAGUAGGGGUUGAUACACCGGGGAAUACUCCAAUUACCAAGGAGCCUGGAAUUGGUUGGAUGACAGCCUUUCUCUUUGUAACAUACUUUGUCGGGCUAGCGAUUUUGGUUCCUCUUAGGAAGUUGAUGAUCAUUGAUUACAAAUUGAGUUAUCCAAGUGGAACUGCUACAGCCGUCCUUAUUAAUGGGUUCCAUGCUCCCAAAGGUGAUGAGAUGGCAAAGAAGCAGGUUCAUGGUUUUAUGAAAUUCUUCUCGUUCAGUUUCCUUUGGUCUUUCUUCCAAUGGUUCUAUGCUGGUGGAGUGCAAUGCGGAUUUGUUCAGUUUCCUACUUUCGGAUUGAAAGCAUGGAAAAACUCAUUCUACUUCGAUUUCAGCAUGACUUACGUUGGAGCAGGAAUGAUUUGUUCACAUCUUGUCAACUUAUCCUUGCUUUUCGGUGCUGUUCUCUCUUGGGGCAUUAUGUGGCCAUUGAUCAGGGGACUAAAAGGACAAUGGUUCCCUGAGAGUUUACCAGAAAGUAGUAUGAAGAGUCUUAAUGGUUACAGGGUUUUUAUUUCCAUAGCAUUGAUCCUCGGUGAUGGGUUGUACAAUUUCGCCAAAAUUUUGCUUUUUACCGCCACAAAUAUCCAUGCCACCAUGGAAAGGAGGAGUAAAAAAUCACCUUCAAUUUCAGAUAACCAGGGUCCUGAUGAUCUUAAACGUAACCAAGUGUUUGUAAGAGAAAGCAUUCCAAUGUGGUUAGCAUUGUCAGGGUACAUACUGCUCGCUGCCAUUUCUAUCAUAGCUAUCCCUUUCAUUUUCCCUGAGGUGAAGUGGUAUUAUGUGGUGGUUGCGUAUAUUCUAGCACCAACUCUAAGCUUCUGCAACGCAUACGGUGCUGGAUUAACUGACAUGAACAUGGCCUAUAACUACGGGAAAGUGGCUCUCUUUGUGCUUUCUGCAUUAGGUGGGAAAAGGCACGGCGUGGUUGCUGGACUCGUUGGUUGUGGCGUGAUCAAGUCUCUUGUUUCCACCUCUUCUGACUUGAUGCAAGAUUUCAAGACCGGUCAUCUGACCUUCACUUCCCCUCGAUCAAUGCUUGUUGGUCAAGCUAUUGGCACAGCAAUAGGUUGUGUUGUUGCUCCUCUGACAUUCUUCCUUUUCUACAAGGCUUUCGAUGUGGGGAAUCCAGAUGGUGAAUACAAAGCACCGUAUGCGAUCAUUUACAGAAACAUGGCGAUUCUUGGUGUGGAAGGCUUUUCUGCCCUUCCGCACCAUUGUCUGCACCUGUGUUGUGGGUUCUUUGCAUUUUCUGUGGCAGCCAACUUGGUGAGAGAUUUUAACCCCAAAAACAUUGGGAGAUGGAUCCCACUUCCAAUGGCAAUGGCUGUACCUUUUGUAGUAGGUGGAUACUUUGCUAUUGACAUGUGUGUGGGAAGUUUAAUCGUGUAUGCAUGGCACAUACUAAAAACCAAAGAGGCUACUUUGAUGCUUCCAGCAAUUGCUUCUGGUUUGAUAUGUGGGGAUGGAUUGUGGAUUCUCCCUUCAUCUAUUCUUGCUUUGUUUAAGGUUCGUCCCCCAAUUUGUAUGAGAUUCUUGGAAAGGGCUUAGAACUUCACUUGCAGAGAUGUAAUCAAAUUCUGUGUCACAUAUCA